GUACCUCUCUCAAAAGGCAAACGCUGUGUGGUGCUGGCUGAUGGCUACUAUGAAUGGCGACAACAUAAUGGACAAAAGCAGCCAUAUUUCAUUUACUUUGGCCAAACUGAGCAGGAAAUGGAUGCCAGCUAUACUGGAUGGGGAUGAAGCAGUUAAAAAAUGGCUUGACUUCGCAGAAAUACCCACAGAAUCAGCACUUCACCUUAUCCAGCCCACAGAAAACAUUUCCUUCCAUCCUGUGUCAACAAUAGUGAACAACUCCCGAAAUAAUUCAUUAGAAUGCAUUUUACCUAUUGAAUUGGAUCCCAAGAAGAAUACCAAAAUUAAUGCAAGCAGUACAGUAAUGCUUAACUGGUUAAAAAACAAAAGCCCCAGGAAAGAUGACAAGGAUGAAGACAAUUUACCACAGUGGUCCAGUCAGUUCAUCCAGACACCAACGUGUAAAAAAACUAGCAUGGACUUAAUGCACCAGUGGCUCAAAAAAGAUGGAGAACCUCCUGCAAAGCAACUGAAAAAGCAGUAAUAAUUUGGUUAUAUUGCUUAUUAACCGAGCCUGUUCUUAGCCAAAGAGGGUCUUAUGUGUUGGGUUAUUGCAAUAUUUAAAUCUCCUGAUUUAGAUUGCAAUAUAGGUAUAAUCUAUAAAUAAAUUAUAAGACUUCAGAUAUGCUUCCUUCCUGAUGCUGAGUAGGUGGGCUUUGACAUUUAACACUUAGUUUCUUUUGUCUGAAACAAAUAGAAUAUACAUGCUAAGUGCAGCAUUGACUUGACCUUUCCAAUUUUGAAAAAGCAAGUGUGUUCCAAAAUAUGUAAGAAGGAUUUAAUGUUUUUUUUUCUUCUCCAAGGACACAAGCAGAGAUUUGGUUUGUCAUGGUUACCAUCAUAGUAUUCACUCUGUGGAUUGCUUCAUCUUUUAUGGAAAUAAAUAGGUCACUUGUUAAUGCUGGAGAUUUGCUGCUGCAAUGCGGGAAUGAUAAUUUAUUUUAUUCUGAAACCAGCUCAAUUUUUUGCCCUUUUUUAUCUGUUUUGGAAGAUGUGGAAUAUCAUCUGCAUUCUGCAAGCAAUUUACAAAUAUAAUUCCUACAGGUUGGGAAGUUAUUCCAAAAGGAUCUUGUUUCACUCUUUUGGAUUUACUAUUUGUUCCAAACCUUUGAUAGUAUUGUUUAACACAUUUAUCAAAGCUAUAAUGAUGAUCAGGCCACCACUGUAGCCAGUAUUUUGAAUAGAUGGUAAGAGAAUAGCAAGGAAGAGAGAAAGAACUUGUUUUUUGGGGAAGUGAAGAUAGGUAGCAGGAAUGUUAGUUGGCUGUAUUAAGGAUAACUUGAUAUUUAGUAAAAAUGCAAUAUUGUAAACUAAAGCUUUAUAGGGUCAAGAGACAAAGGCAAAAUGUUAGCUGUUUACAAUUGAGUCAUACUGGACUCAAGGCAAAGUGUGCAGUUCAACCCAAAAGACAUCAGGACCACUAUUGUCAAAAGGGACAGCGGGGUGUUUAAAACGGUACUUCAGAAGAUAAAUCCACCUUUAUGCAUAGGAUCAACUUAUUCCACUCACAGAGAGUACAUGGCCUGAAAUUUAUGCAGAUGUAUAUUCUUCACAAAAUCCUAGGCUAAAGAGAGGAGAGAAUAUUUAACUUUAAAAAAAAGAUACUUGGUUGCAUAUUUUAUAUUUGAUAUGCAGAAAGCUAGUUGGGCUCCAAUUAUUCAAAGUUCCUAUGAAAUGCAUUAAAUUCUGUUCACUAUAAAUAAGAAGGCAAAUUUGGGAUAUUUUUAAAGGUUUUAAUAUAUAAACAAUGCUGAUAGUAUAAAUAAAGAUUUUGUGCAGUUAA